GACUUACGAAUCUACUCCUCUUCUUCUCCUCCAGCAGAUGGUAUAGCUAUCUGGUACGUAGACGAACCACAAAGUGGGCCGGCUUGGGGAGGUCCAACGAACUUUUCGGGAAUAGCUAUCGUGCUGGAUACCUAUACAAAUGCGAUAGACUCAUCAUCAGUACGACAGAGUACUCGUCUUUUCGCAGUUAUCAGAAAUCGCUCAUUCGCAAAUGUGCUUGAUCCUUCCACGGAUGGCAGCAAUCUGAGGAUUGAUAUUGACUGUGACUUGGGAAACGAAAUUGCCUUCAACAGAAUUCCGCUAUCAUAUGAUCACGUUCCCAGUAUACGAAUAUUAGUGCGUUAUGAACACGAAAGAUUAGGAGUUUACUAUACUCUGCCUUUUCGCAACCAAGAACAAUGGCAGCAUUGUUUAAAUGUUAGCGGUCAGUUUUUUUUUUACAAAUUUACUUUAUGGAGAAGAUUUAUAGUGAUACUGAUCGUCGCGAUAUUUCCUCGAAAACGGUUAUGCGGUAGUUGCCGCGCUGUUGGUUUUUUUAUGUUGAGCUAGGA